AUGGUUUGCGAGAAAGAGUUAGACAAGUUGGUUGAGCAGGGCAUACUUAUGCAAGUUGAAUCUUCGAAUUGGGCUACUCCCAUUGUCACACCACUAAAGGCUGAUGGAAAAACAUCGAGAAUUUGUGGUGACUAUCGUCUUAAACUCAAUAGUCGUCUUCUACAGCAAAGUUGCACUACGCUAGAAAGCGAAGACAUUCCCUACAAGCUACAUGGCUCAAAAUACUCUUCCAAAAUAGAUCUAAAAGAUGCUUAUUUGCAAAUUCCUCUUGACGAAGCGUCUAGUGCAUUAACAACCAUUAAUACUCCAUCUGAAUUGUCCAAGUAUAAGUUCUUACCUUUUGGUUCAAAGGUUUCUCCUGCAAUAUUUCAAAAAGUAAUAAAUCAGAUGAUAGAUGGAUUAGAUGGUGUUGAGUCUUACCAAGAUGACAUUAUAAUUCAUGGUCCGAACAUCGAAUUGCAUAAUGAACGUCUUUUAAAACUAUUCAGGCGUUUCUGUGAGAAAAAUGUUCUUGUUAAUCCAUCUAAAUGUCAUUUUACUUUGUCGUCUGUAUCAUGCUUGGGAUACACAGUACACUCUGAGGGUUUCAGACCUGAUGCUAGUCGUUUGGCACCUCUAAUUCAAGCACCGUCACCUAAUAAUAUACCAUCGUUGAGAUCAUGGAUCGGUACUCUUCAGUUUUACUCCAGAUUCAUUCCCAAUUUCACUCAACUGUUAUCUCCACUUUUUAAUAUUGUCUCCAGUAAACAAUUUAAGUGGGAACAACAACAUGAAGAUAUCUUGCGAAAAACUUUGGAGUUUCUUAAUAAACAAGCUUUCUUAAGACCUUUUUCAUCGAAAGAUCAUUCCGUUCUCAAUACAGAUGCUUCUCCUACGGGUAUAGCUGCAGUACUUGAGCAAAAUGGACAACCUGUUAUUUGUACUUCAAGACGUCUAAAUAAGAGUGAACAAGGGAACUCACAAACCCAGAAACAGGCUCUAGCAGUUGUAUGGGCAGUAAGACGCUUGCACAAGUAUCUCUUUGGUACUAAGUUUCACAUAGUUACUGAUCAUCAGGCUUUGAAAUUCAUUUACAAUCCAGAAAAAUCUUCGAAUAGAUCAUCCUCUGCUGUGGUUCAAAGAUUGAGUUUAGAACUAAGCGCAUAUGAUUACACUAUUGAACACAGAUCGGCUAAGGAUAUACCUGAUGCAGACUUUUUAUCUCGUUAUUCAUUAUUUGAAAAUUCUGCUAAUGAUACUGAUUGUUUGUUAGUCCAGCCGUUACCUGUGGAUAGAGUUCGACUUAUAAACGAUACUCGGAAAUAUUACGGGUGCAUUAUAAAUGCAACAAAAAGAGGUUGGAAUAUUCAGUGA